CGAUGUGCGACGGACAGCAUCGCCCGCCAUCCAGCGUUUGUAACUCUGCACUCGCACCCACCCACCACCAUGUCAGGUGUAUCUCAGCCCCUCCUUCAGACCAUUGAGCCAGAUGAAUUGGAGCAGCCUCCCGCUGCUAACGCUCCGACAACCUCGCGACCACCUGCUGGUGCGCGCGCACCCAGCCAACAGAUGGCGACCAAUCCGGGGGAUGCAGAGUCGGGCAUAGCAGGUAUCUUCCGCCAAUCAGCUCACCCCGUCGCCCUCUUCGUCCUCUACCUCUUCCGAAUAGCAGCCAUAGCAGUAUAUCUUCUGUGCGGCUUCUUUACAAAAGAGUUUGUUGUCUCGACGGUGCUUGUCGUGGUCCUCCUUGCCAUGGAUUUCUGGAACUGCAGAAACGUUGCAGGGCGUAUCUUGGUAGGCCUUCGAUACUGGAACCAAGUCGACGAAGACGGGGAGAGCUAUUGGGUAUUCGAGAGUCGCGACCCGUCUCGCCCCGCAAACCCCAUAGACUCUAGGAUGUUUUGGAUCGCUCUAUAUGCUUUCCCUCUACUGUGGUUGGCACUACUGAUCGUAUCAUUCCUAAAGUUCAAUCUCUCAUUCAUCCCCAUCGUCCUCCUCGCGUUGAUCUUCAACGUGAGCAAUGCAAUCGGCUUUACAUAUGCCGACCGUGAUGCCAAAGAAAGGUGGGCCAAAGCCUCUGCCUGGAGCAUGGGUAUGGGUGGCAUCAGCGGUCAGCUUCUCGGCGGCAUGGUGAAGAACAGUGUCGGACGCAUAUUCAAGUAGCAUUCAAUGUACUUACUCGAACCCUUACUCCGUACCAUCAUCCCCAGUCACUGCGAGCUA